UCUCUCCUCACUGAUACAGCUGCUCUGCUGCAAUGCAAUGCCAAUGCCAAUGACUGUUCUCUCUCUCUCUCUCAUCGCAUUGACCCGCGCGCUUCUUCCAUUUACGAGAAAACUCCAAAACCCAACACCGUUCUUAACUCUCUCUCAUUUCAAAUCUAUUAACUUUAUUAAAGUAUUAAAACUAAUCAAUGCUAAUCUCAAAGCUUAGCUUCCAUGGAGAAAACAAUAACUAAAAUACUUUUUUUUGUUUAUUGGGAAAGUUGCGAACUCAAAAGAAAGUGAAAAUUAAUUGUUUUUUCUCUUCUUUUUUUUUAUCUUAAAUGGGUUGUCACAUUUAUGGCGUUUUCAUUUUUCCCAAACAAUUCCCAGGUUUUCUUCUUUUAACUUUCUUCCACUCUAGUUUAUCCGGACGUUUUAAACAGUGACUCUUUUAGGGUUUCUCUCUCUCUCUCUCUCUCUAUACAAUCUACUGUUUGUAAAUUAUUACUACCUUCUUCUUCUUUUACAAGUUUUGGUUUUUGGGUUUGUGGGAUUUCUUCAUUUUGUGAUCUCAGAGUGAUUCUGGAGCACAUUGUUUGGUAUUGGUUUUGGGUUCGAAAGUUUUCCAGAGUUUCUCUCAGAUUCAUGGAUUUUCACGCAUUUUUAGUCUGGGCAUAGUAACUUGAAGAAUUUUUUUUAGCUGUGAAAGAGCAUUAAUCAACAAAAUUUGGUCUUAAAAAAAACUUGAAUCAUUUGGUGCACUUUUAUUGAGCUUUCAAGUGAAAAAGAAAAUCAGCGAAUCUGCUCAUGCUUUCUAACACAUUGCAACUUUACCAAGCGUUUGCUUGAGAAAAAUGACCUUGAUGAGCUGCCAGUUCAGUUAAAGUUUCUUAGUGCCUCUGUUUUUUCUUCUCUGGAACUUGUUAAAAUUCUGGGUUUUAUUUUUUCACUCCAAAGUUGCAAUCUUUUCUGUAUUUUGUCUUUCAGUGGAUUUUGUCUGAAGUUUAUUUGGAUUUUCGUUCUGUUCAGUCUUCAGAUCACUGAUUUUCUUUAAUGGGAUUUGGACGCUUCUGGUAAGAUCUGCAUGGAUUUUUAUUUAUCAGAUUUUUGCUCAAAACAAGUUCAAGAAACUUGAGUAUUUCACACAUCUUCUUGAAAAAAAUUCUGGGGUCGUUUUUGCUUGCAUUUGGGUUCAGAACAUUUGCACCGAAAAAAUCUUAUUGGCUUUAUUAUCUGAUCUGGACGAAAAAGGUGGUACUUUUUUGAUUGAUUAUUGUUUAUUGUCUACAUAGUUAGCUUUUUGGUUCUGUCAUGAUCCAGGGGUGUGAACUGGGACUUAAAAUAAUCUGAUUGUAGAGCUUUUCAACUAGUAUUACUUCACGGAGAAAUAGCUGAAUAUGGACUUCUUCAGGGUUAAGAAAUUCAGGAAAGCCCACAAACCAGUUGUGGAAAGUGAUUUAGAGGACAAGCCCGUGCCUCAGCCAGAAGAGCUAAAGAAGGAGAAUGGAGGAGGAGAUGAACUUUCAACUAAGACAAAUGAUACUGAUCCAACUGCUGAAGUUGAAGCUGAGGAUGAUGAUGACGAUUUCAUCACAAAUGAGGUGAAAAGAAGAUUAAAAGAACUGAGAAGGAAUAGUUUUAUGGUUUUGAUUCCUGAAGAAGAGUCAUGUGCUGAAGAGGAGGAUGGUGAAGAGGAAGAGGAGGAAGGUGAGACAAGCUCUUGCGAGUGGAGAGAUGUUGAAGCAGAAGGUCGACAAUGGUGGGGUGGAUUUGAUGCUUUGUAUGACAAGUACUGUGAAAGGAUGUUGUUCUUUGAUCGUAUGAGCACCCAACAGCUCAAAGAAAAUGGCUGUCAUACAGGCCCGCAAACCCCCACCACCCCAUCACCAAGAUCUGCAUCUAAAAAGCUAACAUCUCCUCUCCGCUGCCUCUCUUUGAAAAAGAUUGAAGAACCUGAUGAUGAAACUGAGCAUCUUCAGCAAUUGCAGCAUGACCCUUACCAGGAUAUUGAAACAGCAUAUGUAGCUCAGAUUUGCUUGACUUGGGAGGCACUUCACUGCCAAUACUCCCAAAUGUGUCAGAAAAUUGUGUUCCAACCUGAAAAUUCCACCUGCUACAACCAUAGUGCUCAACAGUUUCAACAGUUCCAGGUUUUAUUACAAAGGUAUAUAGAGAAUGAGCCUUUCGAGCAGGGUUUGAGGGCAGAAAUUUAUGCUCGCGCAAGGAAGUUUCUUCCUAAAUUGGUACAGGUCCCUAAUGUGAAAGCUUCGGAUCAAAAAGAGAUAGAGGGAGAAGAGUCACCGAUAACUGUUCUUGCCACUGAUCUUAUCAAGGUUAUGGAGUCUUCAAUUCUUACCUUCCACCUUUUCCUUAAGAUGGAUAAGAAAAAAUCAAGUGGGUCUCUUAAUCUCUUUGGAAAUCAGAACCAUAAUGCAAUCCCACUUCACCAGAUUCAAUCAUCUCUUGAGAAGAAAGAGAUGAAGUUCAAGGAACUGCGCAAGAAAAGAAAAGGUUGGAAAAAGAGGUCAUGGCCAUUGAUACCAGAAGAUGUUCAGCUGUUAUUCAGCCUAAUUGAUGUCAAGGUUGUGUCAAGGGUCCUCAGAAUGGUGAAGAUUACCAACGAGCAGCUAGUUUGGUGCGAGGAGAAGAUGAAGAAACUCGAUCUGGUGGAUGGUAAGUUGCGAAGAGACCCUUCCCCAAUCCUUUUCCCCUGUUAAUAUGCAUUAAAAAAUCCAAAGACCAGAGCUAGAAACUUUUGGGAUAGCUGCAAUCUAAGAACCUUGUCCUGCCAUAUUUUUCAUUUUCGGAUGCCAAUCUUCAGUGCUUGGGAAUGUCAAAUCUCUUGCAUUGCAUGAUAGUUUUGUCUAUGCUCCUGUAGAACCAAUACCCACCCCAUUAAACUAGGUUACUUUAGUUAGAGCCAUCAUUUUGCUAUGUUAAACAGGAGAUUAUAACUGGCUACCAUUACCUAAGACUAAGGAGAAGGGCUUAACUGUGGUUUUCCCAUCUGAUGCUGCACUUUUUUAAAAAGCAAUUUGUAUUAAAAACUAUAUUGUAUGUCAUGCUAUUUAUCAUUGGUGUAGCAUACAAUAGUUGUGGAUAUUUAUGUAGUUAUUUCAUGUUCAAUCUUUUUCUUUUAAAUA